ACAUAAUUGUAUACUCAUACUCUCACACACAUGAAAAGUACAUAAUUACAUGAAAAGUAUAUAUAUAUAUAAAAUUACUUGUCCUUCCAAUUUUAGAAUUCUAUCUUCAUUCUUGAAUUUGGGUAAAGCUCAUAUACCAACUACUGAUAGAAGAUAAGGCUGCCAGAAACGAAACUGAACUGAUUCAGUUUUACGACCUGUCAUACUUCCGGGAUAAGAUAUGGCAUCCUUGGCGACAGCAGAAGUGUGUGAUGUGAAUGCAGCGCAUCUGUCAAGUGGCGAUCUACGAGUUUUGCCACCAAUCUUCAAGAUAUAUGGUCAAUGCCGAGCUUUCUCCGGCCCCAUCGCCACCCUUAAGGUAUUUGAGGACAAUGUGUUGGUUAGGGAGCUUCUUGAAACUAAAGGUGAAGGAAGAGUUCUUGUCAUAGAUGGCGGAGGGAGUAUGCGAUGUGCUUUAGUAGGAGGGAACUUGGGACAACUAGCCCAGAAUAUGGGUUGGGCAGGUAUUGUGGUUAAUGGCUGCAUUCGAGAUGUAGAUGAGAUUAACGGUUGUGACAUUGGUGUUCGUGCAUUGGCAUCGCACCCUCAGAAAUCGAACAAGAAAGGUCAGGGCGAAAAGCAUGUUCCUAUUUACAUUGGAGGCAUGCUGAUUCGUGAAGGAGAGUGGUUAUAUGCAGAUAGUGAUGGCAUCCUCGUAUCAAAAACUGAAUUAUCGGUCUGAUUUGAGAAUCGUGUGGUUAUUCUGCUCUCAGUUCUGUGUGUUCAGAUUUAUGAUCAAAAGCCAUAUAUCAAUCAGGCUAAAUUCUUGUUUUGUGUUGUGUUGUUCUGUAGAUAGUUUCAUUCAUGUAAUCUAAUAAGGGUGUACCCAUUACUAUUUUUCAUGGCUGUGAGCUUUUGUACCGAAACCAAGCAGCUUGAGUUUGCUCACAGAAUGAAGUACUCUUUGAUAUUUUUGUAUAACAUAAUCGCGGCAGCUUCUCAGCC